CCACGAUCGCCCGCGGAAGUUUGUACAGAGACAGUCGUUGUAGUGUCAGUUAUUAAAAUACUCUCCAUUUUCCAAACGAUUUCUCCAGAAGUCCGCGUGUAUCCUCACCCACGACGACGACCGAGAAUAUUUUAAAAGGAUAAAUUCUGCGAUAAUGAUAACAAAGCUCGCAUGAACUGCUAACACAUGACAGCUAACAGUGUCGUGUAGCUCGAUAUUGUUUUUAAUUUCUAUAUUCUUAUCGGUUGUCAGCCUCAUAACCAGUCUCGGGAAGGAACGAAAACUAGGUUGAUCAUGUUGGGAGAGUGUGGAAUGAAAGAGAGGGAGAGACUGGCCCUCAGGAGAAACUCGGUCACUCUCUGUAAAGAGAUGGUGGUGGAUGAUCUGCUGGUUCAGUGUCUGCAGAGAGAUGAAGUUCUUACAGACAACAUGGCAGAGACCAUUAUGGCUCAGACAACAUCCCAGAGCAAGAGCUGUCAUCUGUUGGCUCUUUUGCCUAAACGUGGCCCUCGGGCAUUUCACAGCUUCUGCGCCGCUCUUAGUGAAACAGAGCAACAUCACCUCAGCCGAUUGCUCAUGCAGUUCGCAGAGAAAGAUAAAAGGUAUUCUGAGCCUUCGCUAAGUCUUCCAACCCAGGAAUGUGUGACACCUCCGAAAAGAGCCCGAACUCAUGAAUCCAUGGAGAUGUGUUUGGAUGCAGAUUGCCCCAUCACCACAGCUGUACUCCCUUGCACACCUGAAUUCUAUGAAUCUCGCAAAUCACAGGCUUACCCGAUGCGCUCCAGUCCCCGAGGUCUGGCCCUGGUUCUGAGCAACGUGAGGUUUGACUCACGUUUAAACCCAGAUCUGGAUGUCCGUAGGGGAGGAGAGGUGGAUGAGGAGGUUCUAAGAAGGCUUUUUACAGAGCUGGACUUCACAGUCAGUCUGCGCAAGGACCUCACAGCAGAGGCAAUGCGCCUGUGCAUAGAGCAGUUCGCCCAGCGUCAGGAACAUGCAGAGUACGACUGCUGCGUUGUGUGUCUGCUGUCUCACGGUAUUGAAGGAUCAAUCUACGGCACUGACGGACAGCUUCUGAUGUUGGACUGGGUGUUUGAGGUAUUUGAUAACGCCCGGUGCCCUCUGCUACAGAACAAGCCAAAGAUGUUUUUCAUUCAGGCCUGUCGAGGAGAUGAGAUGGACAACGGUGUGGAUCAGUUGGAUGGCCACGAAAGGACUCAAUCGCCAGGCUGUGAACAGAGGGAUGCUGGGAGAGAGGAGGAGAGAGAUGCCAAAGAGAGAGAGGCGAAAGACAGAGAGAGACUGAGAGUCAAACUGCCCCAGAGAUCAGAUAUGGUCUGCGGCUUUGCCACCCUCAAAGGUUUCAGCACCGCUGCAAUGAGAAACACCAAGAAAGGAUCCUGGUUCAUUCAGGAACUCAACAAAGCCAUCAGACAAAGAGCCAAUGAGACACACAUGUCUGACAUACUCGUGCAGGUGAAUGGUGAGAUUAAAUGCAGAGAGGGAUACGCACCUGGUUCAGCUCAUCACCGCUGUAAAGAGAUGUCGGAGUUCACCAGCUCCCUCUGUAAAGACCUCUACCUCUUCCCUAAGUACUGCCCCAACAACUAACACACACACGUACUCCACAAGGAGUCGUCACUUCUGCCUAUACAACUGAUUAUUAUGCAGUGGCAGGGAGCCCAGCGGCCACACUUGCACAUCCGUCACCCGCCCUGCGCAAACACAUAGUGAUGUCAAUCGAAUCAGAUUCCAUAUGGCAUUCAUGUGCCUCAGCACAAUAACAGGCGCAUUAGAAGGCCUGUGUUCAGGAUGCAUUCAGACCGUGCAUAAAUGCACACGCUCUCCAAAUUGGUAUUUCUUUGAAUGAAAUUAGUCGGCAAGUAUGUGUGAAAAAAUAUAUCCGUUUUUAUUUUUUUAUGAUUUUAAACUGGGGUUUGGGGUUCAUAAGAAAUCUUACAACUUUUGUAUUCAAGGCAUUUUUAAAUUCAGCCGCCAUAAGCCGACGAGAUUUUUAUUGAUAUUCCUUAAUUACAUAGAUUUAUUUUUGUCUACUUGUCUGUUUUCUUUGUACAGUUUGUUUUAUAAGUGUUCAUGUGUUUAGUUAUUGUGGAGCCUUUACAGCCAAACCACAACCGUCAUAAAGACACCAUUUAACAAACACACACAUACAGGUCUAUGCAUUCAUGUGCAUACUGUCAUUGUGCCAGUACCUUACUGAACCCUUCCUCAUUUUGUCAGCCAUGUGAUUUGCCUAGAUAAUAGGUGCUAUCUGAAAGCGUUUGCUUUUUAAACUGAAGCUCACUCACCUUUUUGCCUGGUGUUUUUACUGCAACAGUGACAUUACAUUUGUAGUAUAACAAUAUUUAGCUCUUAUGUUCGUCGUGGCAGCUGUUUUUGACUACUAAGGUUUUCUGAAGCCUUAGUGGAACUAUGCUUAACCUUUAACAUUCCUUGCUCAUCCUCAUUGCUUUGCUUGGCUCAAAAUAGGUCAUUCAGAUUGCUAUUCAUACAUGAAUACUUUUAUUUUGCAUAGCAACAUAUUUAAUCAUUCUAAAAAUAUUUGUGCAAUUCCAAAAACUUCCAGAUUUGCAUUCCAAAUGCAGUUUCCACUUGGGGACCUUAUUCACUCUACUUUCAAAAUGUAUAUAUUCUCGUCAGUUUUUGUAGUUAUUCCAUGUAUAUAUGCAGCAGUUUUUUUUGCAUAUUUUCUUGCACAUUUCUUUUUCACUUUACAGUGAAGUCCCGUUAAUGGAGGCUGAAAUUAUGCUUUGUCUUAAAACACCAUCGGGUGGCAGUAGAAAGCUACUCGUCAGUUACCAUUUGCCACAUAAAGGUUCAAAUGUUUGGACAUACACAGUCUUCCUGUUCUGCACCGCAUUAUUCCUCUUGGGCAUGCAGACUGUACAUUUGUGUAUGCUGGUUUUCCUCUGAGUGUUUCUUCCUUAUCCAGUUGGCAUUUGUUUUAGAUCAAAGGUCACAGCCUUUGACCUUUUGACACGGCUAUGGCAUCUCUCCAGCUCUCUUCUACAUUUCACACUUGACACCUUUAACAUGAGUUAUCGUUCAAUGAUUGAUUUGCUUUGUUGAGGGUGAAAUGCUUUCACGUGUUGCUUUUUGAUGUUUAAACUAAUGUUUUUUGGAAGAAUAAUACGGGCAUGAAUUGAAUGUUGUUUUGGUCUAACCUUAACAUCUUAAGUAUGAAAAUAUGAAGCUGGUGAAAAACCACUUUUAAUUGUAAAUGUACCUUCUUAACCCAAACUCUGUGCCAUGAUGAUUCCAGAUGGUAUUUAAAAAGGUAUCUAAGGUAUUUCAAGAAGGUAUUUAAACGAAUGACCUGAAUAUGUUAUUUUUUAAAUAACCAUAUUAUUUUAAAAGCAUAAAUGUGGGAAAUUAAAAUUUGUAUACCAGAGAAGUUUAUAAUUUUAGCCAUAGUGUUUUUUAUGAGCAGUAUUUCUCUUUCCAUUUGCGCCAGAGUAUAUUCUCCAAAUCAAUAGAUUAACACCAGUAAAACAAAGCUGAAAUCAUAAAACAAAAACAAACUGUAUUUAUGGAUAUGUAUUUCUCAGGCUAUGUGUAUCUAGUGUUGAAUAUGUGUGGUAAUGGUAAUAAAAAUGUAAUAAUUCUAUAAAUUCCCUACUUAGUGUUUAAACGCACAAUGCACAGAGAAGCAUGUUCACCUAUGUAUUGUACUGUAUAUAAAAGCUGUACGUCUGGUUUAAUGUCUCCAGCCUAAUUGUACCCAACUGUAAAUGGAUUGAGUUGUUAUUCACUGCCCAGUCAUCUGUACUACUAAUCAGCUAUGAAGGUGCUUCAAUCAACUAUAGGGAAACUGCCAUUUUUGUAUUUUUCUAUUUCAAAAGCAGCCAUGUAAUAAAAAAUACUGUUCU